AUGACUUUUCACAUGUGUGUGCGCUCCAACCCAAUGUUGCGGCAAACAAAUCUGGCUGUUUGUGGAGUAUGGAGGUCAUGGAAGUUAAGCCUGCACUCUUCUACAGUUUGUGCAUCUCCUGGUCCUGGUCCUGGUCCCCUGGAUGGAUCUGUAGAACUGUCUUCUGUAUCAGCCGAUAAGCCUCCUCACACGCCUGUGAUGCUUAAAGAAGUGCUAUAUUACUUAGACAUCAAGCUUGGUCAGGUGGUCCUGGACAUGACAUUUGGAGGUGGCGGUCAUACCAAAGCAAUACUGAAUAUGGUUCCUGAAGUCACAGUCCUGGCCUUAGACCGAGACCCUACAGCCAUUUCUUUGGCCCAGCAGUUAGCCAAGGAAUACUCUGGUCGUGUAAAACCAUUGCUUGGCCGAUUUAGCGAGCUUGAAGCCCUGCUGUCUAACAUGAACAUUAAGCCAGGCAGCAUUGAUGCUGUCCUGUUGGAUGCUGGCUGCUCCUCCAUGCAGAUGGAUCAGGCAGAGAGAGGAUUCUCCCUCAGCAAGGAUGGGCCCCUGGAUAUGAGAAUGGAUGAAAAGAGGUACCCCGACAUGCCCUGCGCUGCUGACGUUGUGAAUACCUUAGAUCAACAAGCACUUGCAUCCAUCCUCACUGCAUAUGGGGAAGAAAGACAUGCCAGGAAAAUAGCUUCAACCAUUGUGGAGGCACGGCGUGUCAGCCCCAUCACCCGGACACAGCAGCUGGCCAGCGUGGUGGCAGGAUCGUUUCCUGCAGCUGUCGUCUAUGCACGUAAGGACCGCCUCCAUCGACCAGCGCACGUAGCCACUAAGACUUUCCAAGCUCUGCGCAUCUUUGUGAAUGAUGAGCUGAACGAACUACAUGCUGGGCUGCGCGCUGCCCGGGCGGCACUGACACCCGGAGGACGUCUCUGCGUGAUCACCUUCCAUUCACUAGAAGACAGGCUGGUCAAACGUUUCCUCCAGGGAGAUGACUUGUCUAAUCUAGAUCAGUAUCACUUCAGCCCGAGAAAGCAAGGCACUGGGAAGGAAAAACUGGUGGACGAAAAAAGAGAUGGUGGAAGCGUUUAUUGGCUUCCUCUGCGAAAAAAAGUGAUCACCCCAGAAAAGUACGACGUAAAAGACAACCCUCGAGGACGCUCCGCUAAACUAAGGGCGGCACUCCGACGUUAAUUAUGUGACGUCCGUUAUGAAAUAACAGAAAAUCUCUCUUUUUAGCAAAACAUUUGAACUGUUUUACAGUCAGAGUAACUAACAUACCUAAAGCAAGUUUGGCAAAGGGUGUAUAUGCAGUUACAUAAUAACUCUCCACUAUAAUUGUCUGCUGUAGAUGCUAUGUUUCUUUUUUCUCAAUAACUUGUUCCAUAGAACCCAAUUGGAGGGAAGCCAAUGAGGGUUGUCAUCCGUGGUUGGUUUGGGCACUGCACAUUGAACAGGGAACUCUGGGUAAGAGAAACAAUGAAUAUCCCACACAAUAUUCCCGGUUGGAACUCUGGUUGGAUUUUCUAAACUUUUUUAUUGACAGGUGAAAUGUUUUUCACAAGUGUCUACAGUAGUUGGCAGUGACAAAGGCUUUUUUUUGCAUAGAAAAGUGGACUUUCCAAAUUUGGAUCAAAACGGGCAUCAAGAACAAACAACUCAAUGUAUAUAUAUGGAACAAGUAAUCUAAACUCAAAGGUCUACUCAAAAGCUUUCACUUACAUCUUUAUGUCAAUUCAAUGAGCGAAUAAAGUUGGUUCAUGGAUCUUUGUUCAUGUAAUAUUGCAUUGUUCCACAUUUAGUUCACACGAUGCCUGAUUCAGCUCUAUUCACUGACUAAAGAUGUGUAAGAUGUGGUUAAGAGCUCUGAAACAAGUAAACAGACCUUUUGAUUGAAGAUUAUUUUUGUUCCCAAACGUCAAGAAUGAAUAUGCAAUUAGGAAUUAAAUGAAGAUACAAUA